GGCCGCGCUCCGCGCGCCCGCGGGGGUCUGCACCGGGGUCUCUGCCCCUCCCCGGGGCGGUGGUCCAGUGACGUCACCGCCUCUUUAAGUUCCCGCCUCCGCCCCAUCCUCACACUCGCGGCUCCUAGGAAUCUCCGCGGGCUCCUUCCUCCUCAGGGAGAGCAGAAGAGUGGGAUCCAGAGAGGCAGCCAGUGACCAGAGGGAAGGAAGUGCUUUUGGCACAGCUUUCAACCUCACCCUCAUCAUGGCCUCUGCUGGUCUGCAAAUACUGGGGAUUGUCCUGACACUGCUUGGCUGGGUGAACGCCCUGGUGUCCUGUGCCCUGCCCCUGUGGAAGGUGACCGCCUUCAUCGGCAACAGCAUUGUGGUGGCCCAGGUGCUGUGGGAGGGACUGUGGAUGUCCUGCGUGGUGCAGAGCACAGGCCAGAUGCAGUGCAAGGUGUACGACUCGAUGCUGGCGCUGCCCCAGGACCUGCAGGCUGCCCGAGCCCUCUGUGUCAUCACCCUCCUCGUUGCCCUGGUGGGUCUGCUGAUCUACCUUGGUGGGGCCAAGUGCACCACCUGCGUGGAGGACAAGGACUCCAAGGCCCAUCUGGUGCUCACCUCUGGGGUCAUCUUUGUCAUCUCAGGGGUCCUGACCCUCAUCCCCGUCUGCUGGACAGCCCACGCCAUCAUUCAGGACUUCUACAACCCCCUGGUGGCAGAGGCCCAAAAGCGGGAGCUGGGGGCCUCCCUCUACCUGGGCUGGGCGGCAUCUGGCCUUUUGUUGCUGGGUGGGGGGCUGCUGUGCUACACCUGCCCUUCUGGGGGGUCUCGGGGCUCCAGCCAUUACCUGGCCCGGUACUCAACAUCCGCGCCACGCGCCAACUCUCAGGGGCCCUCUGAAUACCCCACCAAGAAUUACGUCUGAUGUGGGUAGGAGAGUGCGGGCUCCCUUGACAAUGGAGCCUACCCCUGAGCUGGAGUCAUCAAAAUGCACAACAGUUUCCUGAUUGCUUUCGUUUUUUCCUUUUUAUUGGGGGAGUGGGGGUUUCCUUUUAAUCCAUUUGAUAAACACUGAACCAAGAAGAAACAGACUCCCACCUGGGCUCUGCUGCUGGCCUGUCUUUGGGUGAGCGAACCAAGGAGGCAACACGGAAGAGUUUCUGGAUCUUUCUUCACCUUGGACAUUCCCAUCUGGGAGUCCGGGCUGGCCAGGUGCUUUGUGACGAGAUGCUUUGAUGGUCUGUCCCCAAGAGUCCCUGCUGCUCUUGGGGCAGGGCCACCCUGGAUUUGCAGGGAUGAGCUCCACCUUGCUGGUCAGGCCUUGAGAAGAGCAGGUGAUAAGUUACCAGAGAACUCCUACCUCCAGAGAUUCUGACCUCUGGCCCUUUCAUCCUCGGCCCAGAGCUGCGUCUCAGCCAUACUGUGGGACUCUGGCCCUCUCCUCUCUGGGCUCUGUACACUUCUGCUAUGCCACACCCACACUCAGCAAU